UUCUGACCAAUGGAAUAGCAGGUUUGCAAUAUGACAAAAAACUGUUUGUGCACAUUAAGUUUUCUCAAACACAGAGACUGUUCGUGGUCACCAGGUGCUGAAGUACUUGAAGGACCAUGCUCUUUCCCACACAGAUCUGUAUGCUUUUUCUAAUUGUAUUGGUCAACGUUGCAGAGUAGGGUGUUUCUGGAAAAAAUACCGGCUGUGUGUAUGGUCACCCCGGGAUCCCUGGAGACCCAGGACACAAUGGAAUGCCAGGACAUGAUGGCAGAGAUGUGGCCAAAGGAGAUGGAGGUAAUAUGGGAACAUGCGGCACAGCUGGUAAAGAUAGACCAAAAGGAUAACCUGGUUGGUGCUUUUUCAGGCGUUCCUGACAUAGCCAGUGCAAAGGGGAAGAGUGGAGACAAUGGAGAAAGGGGUUUACCUGGUAAUAUGGGGCCCCAAGGCUUACCAGGGCUACUGGAUUUAAAAGGUCGGAAGGGAGAACUAGCUUUGCCAGGACUACAGGGCAUCAAAGGGGAUGAUUUUUCACCUACCAUAUCACUGUGUACUCUCGCAAUGUAAAAGUGGUCCUGAUGAAGAAUGGUCAGUGAGUGAUCUACAUUAUGGACAGUAAAGUGGUCAGGACCAGGUGGCAGGAGGAGCAGUCCUAGAAAGGGAAACUGAAGACAAAGCGUGGUUGCAAGUGGCCGAUAAAUGGCUAUUUAAUGGGUUAUAUGCAGAUGAAGAUGACAACACUGCUUUUUCUGGCUUUCCCCUCUGCUGUGUAUGGGAAUUUCACGGUGCAAAAUCAAGCUUUGAAAAAAAAAAAUUCACUAAAUGGUGUCAUCAUAAUUUUCUGUAAAAUAUAAUUCAUUGUUUAGGCUUCUUAACAUCACUAUAACUAGGCUGAGAUUCCUGUAGCUUAAUGUCAGCAUGAAAUAGCAGCUGAGAUUGUUUUCCUCCCAUGUGGAGUGUUGUAUGGAUAAUGCAUUUUUUGUAGGCCAAAACACAAAAACUAGGUAGCAUUUUAGCACUUCAGGUUCCAUUAUCUUGUUAAUGGGAAAAAAGCUAAAAGGGAUCCUGUUAUUCUAUAGCAUAAAAUGCAUCAGUAAUAAUCAAAGACUAUAGAAUACUUCAAGCUAUGUGAAGCUUAAAGCUAUGCUAAAAAUGGUCCAAUCUCCAUAAAACUUUUCAUGCUUGUUUAGAAUCACCUGUUGCAUGUGCUGACCUAAUUACGUUUCGUUUAGGAUUUGUAAUUUUUUGGGGUAUAUUUAGUCAUGUCCCUUAUCUAAACGACACUGUUAUAGCUACCUAAAAGGGCAAAGUUCAACAUUAUUCACCUAGAGAGUACAGAGAAUUGUACUGUAGUGUUUCUUUUCUUUUUCUUUUUUCUUUUUUAAGAUUUAGUAAAAGCCCUAGG